UCCCUAAUCUUCUUGAGUUUACAUCUUUGUUCCAUCAUCACCAUGGCGGCCGACAUAGAUCCCAAUUAUGAAUACAAUGAAUGUGGGAAGACAGGGAACUACACACAAAACAGCACAUACAGCGACAACCUCAACACACUUUUGUCCUCCCUCUCGAACAACGUGAACGAAUAUGGAUUCUAUAACGGUUCCGUUGGGCAAGGGUCAGAGAGGGCUAGCGCUAUUGUGCUGUGCAGAGGGGACGUUGAACUGAAUAUAUGUCGUGGGUGUGUUAAGGAUAAUGCUGAGAGGAUCAAACAGUUGUGUCCUAAUCAGAGGGAGGCAUUCCGGUGGUACAACAUCUGCAGUAUAUAUUACUCCCAUGAAUCCAUCCUAGGUUCUUUGAGAACCACUCCGGUAACCGUGCAAUAUAGCGCCAAUACUGUCCAGAAUCCUGCGCAGUUUACUCAAGAUUUGACAACCCUGGUGGACCGGCUAAGGAGACAAGCGGUUGAUGGGGGUCCGGUCCUCAAGUAUGCGGCGGAUAACAGGACUGGAUCAGAUCUCCGGACCACAUAUGCAUAUGUGCAGUGCACCCCUGACUUAUCUGUUAAAAGCUGCAAUGAUUGCCUAAUCAAUGCUUUCACUCAAUGGUCUGGGUCGGGGGGUAAUGACCGGAUAGGGGCAAGAGUACUAUGUCCCAGCUGCUUUUUUCGCUAUGAAAUUAGCCCCUUCUUUGGCAACACCCUGAUAAAGAAACCUCCUUCAACACCAUCUCCACCUCCACCAGAUUCAGGUGAUCUGACAUGAAAAUUCUGGAAAUCUGGACAACCUAACCAAGUUGGUCAGCCUAUUUAAUUAGUAG